AUGAUUUUCAACGUCGCCGCAGUUGUCGGCGGACUCAUUGCAGUCGUCUCCGCCAGCCCUGCAGCGUCCGUACCGGCUCUCAUCAGGAACCGUGUCGCCAAGCACAACGACUUUUCGUGUCAGCCCAGCGCCGAACACCCCAACCCUGUCAUUCUCCUGCACGGCCUUGGCGCUACGUGGUACGAGGACAUUUACCUCCUCGAGCUGUGGCUGCAGACCAAAAACUUUUGCACCUUUUCCCUCACCUACGGCGCCUACGACGGCUUCCCGUUUGUCGGCGGCCUCAGGCCCAUUGACGAGUCCUCGCGCGAGAUUGCCGCCCUGAUCAGCGAGGUGCACGCCAAGACAAACGCCAGCAAGGUUGACCUGGUCGGCCACUCGGAAGGCGGCUUCCAGGCGCUCUAUGUGCCCAAGUUCCGCGAGGGCAUCGCCGCGCUCGUCGAGAACAUUGUCGCGAUUGCGCCGCCGACGCACGGCACGACCUUUGCGCACUUGUGGACGCUGGUGCAGCUGUUUGGCAAGAACGCGCGCAAAGACGUUGGCACAGUGCUGGAGAAGCUGGGCUGCGCAGCAUGCAACGAGAUUUCGGUCGACGGGCCUAGCAUCGCCAAGCUCAACGACGGAGAGCCGAUUGUGCAAGCCGGCAACAAGGUCACCGUCAUCACCUCCGAGUUUGACGAGCUCGUCACCCCUACAGACACGGCGUUUGUUCGGGAACCCGGCGUCAAGAACAUUUACGUUCAGGACUACUGCCCGUUUGACCCAGUCGGACACAUUGGCGAGGCCUACGACCAGAAUGUCUGGAACCUGGUUCUCAAUUCGCUCGAGAAGCAAGUGGGCCGCAGGUUUUUCUGCCUAGUUGGUGCGCCGGGAAAAUAA